AUGAUUGCACUUCAACUGCGUGAAGGGGCGCUCCGGGAUCGGCGCUUGUUCGCUGUGCGGAGGCGUGUGCCACACGCACGUAUUCUGCAGAAGGGUGGUGUGCGCAUGUAUGGAUGUGCGUGGCACACGUUUCGGCUUGGACGCCUCUUCACUCGAGGUGUCGCACUCACUUUCUCUGGACUGCUUCAAUGCGCACCCACUCCUUUUUUUUUCCGGUGGAUGCACGCAGACAUACACACGCAUGGGUUUUUCUCCCUUUACUCAUCUACUGCUUGCUGGGCGCAUUCUUCUGAGCUGUGA